UUUGUAACCAGGCCAUAAAAGCAUCUUUGUAAGGAAAUUGCAUUAGUGAAUGAAUUUUUUCGUGGUUCCACGAACUUUCUUUUCCUUUGGUUCUAAAAAAGCUUUGAGGCUGGUUUCAAGUUGUCUUAUUUCAAGUUCAAGGUUUGCACGAAUCAGAGCUUUGCACGUGUCACAACAUCCACGUGGUACCAACAACAACAUGGCGGACGGUAGCACGGUCGAGGAAUAUUCGAAACGCGCUAAAAUAGCGGAGGAUGAAAUCGUGAACUUGAAGAGGAAAAUCGAAGCUCUACAGAAUUCUAUUGGAUCUGGUUCGGAGCUUGAAGAUGGUGAAAAUGAAGGCGCUAGUAACCCGGAACUGGAGAAGCUUUUGACUGAGAACAGCAAGCUUAAGUAUCAAAUGGCAACGCUCAAGCGUAGCAUCAAGGAAGAGAAGGCCAAUUCCAAAAGGAUUAUGACCAACUGUCAGUUCACUCUCAAUGAACUUUUUAGAAAGGCAAUUGCAUUGACUUUCCCUGAUCUCCCAGACGCACCAGUGAUUGUACAGGCUUCUCAGGGUGAUAAGUUUGGAGACUAUCAAUGUAAUAGUGCUAUGGCAAUUAACCAGAUGCUGAAGGGCAAAGGAAUCAAAAGUAAUCCCCGUGAAAUAGCUGUCCAGAUUGUUUCAAAUGUACCUCAGAAUGAUCUUGUACAAAAGGUUGAAGUAGCUGGAGCAGGUUUUAUCAACAUAACCCUCAGCCAUAGCUUUGUGUCAUCACUGUUGAAAGACAUCCUUUCAAAUGGAGUUCAACCUCCUGCUGUCCCAGUGAAAAAGAGAUGCGUUGUUGACUUUUCAUCACCAAACAUUGCCAAGGAAAUGCACGUGGGACAUCUGAGGUCCACCAUUAUUGGUGAAAGUCUUUGUCGCCUUCUGGAAUAUGUGGGCCAUGAUGUGCUACGUAUCAACCACAUUGGAGACUGGGGAACUCAGUUUGGCAUGUUGAUUGCACAUCUUCAGGACAAAUUUCCAAACUAUGUGCAAGUUUCUCCACCCAUCAGUGACCUGCAGGCUUUCUAUAAGGAAUCCAAAAAGAGGUUUGACAGCGAUGAAGCAUUUAAAAAGGUGGCAUAUGAAAAAGUGGUGGAACUUCAAGGGGGCAAUCCAGAUGUGAGAAAAGCUUGGGAUUUAAUCUGUGAUGUAUCUAGGAAAGAAUUUGACAAAAUAUACCAGCGGCUGGAUGUCACCCUGAUAGAGAGAGGAGAGUCAUUUUAUCAGGAAAUGAUGCCUAAGGUGGUUGCAGAUCUUGAAAGGAAAGGGAAAGUUGUAGAAGAAGAAGGCCGUAAAGUUGUGUUUGUUCAGGGCUACAAGGUUCCGUUAACCAUUGUCAAGUCUGAUGGCGGGUUCACCUACGACACAUCUGAUCUCGCCGCUCUUCAACAGCGUGUUCACGAUGAGAAUGCAGAUUGGCUCAUUUAUGUCACUGAUGCUGGACAGGGAGAUCACUUUAAACUUGUCUACGGAGCUUCAAGGGAGGCCGGGGUCUAUGACCCCAAAGUAACACGGGUGGACCACGUCGGGUUUGGAGUCGUCCUUGGUGAAGACAAAAAGAAAUUCAAGACCAGAGCUGGCGACACAGUUCGUCUUGUUGACCUUCUCGAUGAAGGUCUUAAAAGAGCACUUGACAAGCUGAAAGAAAAGGAACGAGAUCAGGUUCUGAGUGCAGAGGAGUUAAGCGCAGCUCAAGAAGCUGUAGCUUAUGGCUGCAUUAAAUACGCAGAUCUUUCACAUAACAGAGUCAACGACUAUGUGUUUUCAUUCGAUAAGAUGUUAGACGACAAAGGGAACACAGCUGUGUAUCUCCUGUACGCUUAUACUCGGAUAAGGUCUAUCAUGCGCUUAGCCAACAUCGACCGCAAGACCCUGGAAUCAAGUUUAAGCAAUACGGAAAUCUCGUUGGAUCAUCCGAAGGAGUGGAAACUGGGCAAGUGUAUCAUUCGCUUUCCCGAGAUCCUCAGCCGAGUCCUGGACGAUCUGUUGAUGCACACACUGUGCGAAUUCAUGUACGAAAUGGCCACCUCUCUCACCGAGUUUUACGACAGCUGUUACUGCGUCGAGAAGGACCGUAAAACAGGCGAGGUUAUCAAAGUCGACAUGGGACGAAUGCUGCUCCUGGAAGCCACUGCACGCGUCAUGGAAACCGCUUUUUACAUCCUAGGAAUUAAACCUGUGACGAAAAUGUAAACACGUAUAAACAAACACUGUUGAGUGACCUUCGCAUUGGCAAAGCCGUAUGCCAUUUUGCGGCAUUUUCCUUAGUCUCCUCCGCAACCGUUUUUUGCGACGUCACGCAACUCUCUCUUUGGGGGAAGCGUUGCGUNC